UUCCUUUUUCUUUUUACCAACGAUCUCUUAGCUUCAAAGUAUUGGUAGAUAUUCCACGCAUUUGCAGACCAAUAGAAAACUCUCUUAGAACUUGGAAGUUGGAGCUCCGAAGGGGACGGCCAUGGCGGAAUCUCGGCGCUCAUUGGGCCUCAACGGCUUUCUGUUUCUCUCGCACGUUUCAAUUUCUGUCUUCGCCUGCUUCUGCUUCCUAGUGGCUCAAUCGGCUCCCGAAUCCGCUCUCGUUGCGCGCCUCCCUGGCUUCUCUGGCUCCUUCCCUUCCAAGCACUACUCCGGGUAUGUGGAGAUCGAUAAAAGCCAUGGGAGGAAUCUGUUCUACUACUUUGUUCAAUCGGAGAGGAAUCCGGUGGAAGAUCCGGUGGUUCUGUGGCUCAAUGGCGGCCCUGGUUGCUCCAGCUUCGAUGGCUUCGUUUACGAACAUGGCCCAUUCAACUUUGAAGCAGCAAACACAACCGAUGGCCUUCCGAAGCUUCAUCUUAAUCCAUACAGCUGGUCGAAGGUCUCCAACAUUAUAUAUUUGGAUUCACCUGCUGGCGUUGGUCUGUCUUACUCAAACGAUGAAUCUGAUUAUACUACUGGUGAUCUGAAGACUGCUUCUGAUUNGUCAAUGACUUACUAUGCCGGCCCAUUCAACUUUGAAGCAGCAAACACAACCGAUAGCCUUCCCAAGCUUCAUCUCAAUCCAUACAGCUGGUCGAAGGUUUCCAGCAUUAUAUAUUUGGAUUCACCUGCUGGCGUUGGUCUGUCUUACUCAAACGAUGAAUCUGAUUAUACUACUGGUGAUCUGAAGACUGCUUCUGAUUCACAUAAAUUCCUUCUUGAGGGAAAUGGAGUUGCAGAUGAUGUGUUUGAUGGAAAUGCUCUUGUUCCAUUUGCACAUGGGAUGGGCCUGAUCUCUGAUGAGCUGUUUCAGCAAGUUGAAGAGGCCUGCAAAGGAAACUACUAUGAUCCCCAUGACAAUGCCUGUGAGAGCAAGCUUGACAAAGUUGAUGAGCUGGUUGAUGGCUUAAACAUAUACAAUAUUUUGGAACCAUGCUACCAUGCCCCCGACACGAUAAAGACCAUAAAUAUUAGGAUGCCGAGCAGCUUUCGAGAGCUCGGUGAGACCGAGAGGCCUCUCGCGGUGAGGAAGAGGAUGUUUGGACGUGCCUGGCCCCUUAGAGCUCCUGUGAGAGCUGGCAUUGUUCCAACUUGGCCACAACUCCUUGAAAGCGUGGAGGUUCCAUGCACUAGUGACGAGGUUGCAACAGCAUGGUUGAACAAUGAAGCUGUGAGGAAAGCAAUCCAUGCUGACAUGAGUUUGGCCGGUAACUGGGAGCUGUGCACUGAUAAAAUUAACUUCAACCAUGAUGCUGGGAGCAUGAUCCCAUACCACAAAAACCUUACCUUGAAAGGAUAUCCAGCUCUUAUUUACAGUGGCGAUCACGAUCUGUGUGUUCCGUACACCGGGAGCGAAGCUUGGGUUCAUUCGAUCGGGUACAAGACCAUCGACGAAUGGAGGCCUUGGCUAUCCAACGAUCAAGUUGUCGGGUAUGUACGAGGCUACGAGAACGGUCUCACUUUUCUAACCGUUAAGGGAUCUGGACAUACUGUACCUGAGUACAAGCCACGGGAAGCUUUGGAUUUCUACAGUCGAUUUUUAGCUGGAAAACCAAUAUGAAAAAGAUAGGCUUGUAAUCGAACUCUUGCAACUCUACUAAGUUGGAAAAGAUAAAUAAUGGCAAGAACAAUAUUAGUUCUUAGUAUUUCACAUCCUUCUUCGAGAUUAUUAAAUUUCUAUCAA